AUGGCUCUUCCACCAACUGCGGUGCCGCCAAUCAUGGCGCCAUGCGCGAGUCCGUGCGGCGACGGUGUGGUCGACGUGCUGGGGGCGGAGGUCACCGUCGCGCUCCUCGCAUGCCUCGACGCUACUAGCCUUGCGCGCUGCGCCGCUGUCUCGCGCUCAUGGCGGCGCCUCGCCACGGACGACACUCUCUGGCUGCCGCUAUGCCGCAGCCUUUGGCGCUCCAAGGCCUACGUUCCGCGCCGCUUUAAGGCGCUUCUGGAUGAGCCUCCGAAGCGGGCUGCAACGGCCACUCGUGUUCCGUCGCGCUCGCCGACCGCGGCAGCCCCUGUGCGCGCUGGCGAUGGAGCGGGAGGGCGGUCCCUCGAGAAUAAAGCGGAAGCGGUUGCGGAUAUCGAAACUCAACCCCACCCAACGACGGAACGCGACUCGAAUGCGGAUUCCAAUAAUUCGGAAGUUUCGGAGCCGUUCUCUUGGGCGGCAAUGUACAGGCAAUCCCUAAGCGAGGGAGCGAGGGAGGGGAUACUAGCGGAGGAGCUGUGCAGCGUGACGUGGAGCUUUCGUUUCAAGCACAUGGACCUGCCGUGGAUCAGGAACCAUCCGUUCUGGGUGAACCUGCCGCCGCUGCUCCGCCGCUUCCACGCGGACGGCAGCGUGGCGUCCGGCACGCGCAACGACCCCAUCUUCGGCUCGCACGAAAACAUCUGGCGCUUCGUUCCGCACUCGAUUUCUCCAGGGCCUCCUGCUGCUCCGUCUGCUGCUGCUGCUGCUCCUGCCUCUUCUUCAGGUGACGGUACGCGGAGCAGUGAGGGCGGCGCUGGGGGGAAUGGCGGGCAGGGCGGUGGUGAGGGCGAGAGUAGUGUUCAGGAGAGAGCAGCGGGCGAAGCAAGGCCAGGGCUGGGUGGAAUGGGGGUUGCAUGGGCGAUAGGAGGGGGAGGGGCUUACAGCACUUGUGCCACUGGCGCACCCACGGCACAGUCUGCUGCGGCUGCUGCCGCUGCUGCAGCCCCUGUGGCAGCGAUGCGAGUGCGCAUCAACCACUGGCCGGCGCUGACAGUGGUGCGCAGGGCGGACUGGGGAUGGGACAUGGCCAACGAGUAUGUCAUCUACUGCAGCCUCCCGCCCUCGCCCUGA